AUGUCUUCAGUGGAGGAAGUUAAAGUGGAAACGAUUGUUUCCAUCGGGAAAAACGUCCUUUUGCCAAUAAUAGUGAAGCAUUUGUAUGGCAUCUCAACAAAAGACUGGAGAAUAAUGAUGACCGGACUGGACAAGUUGAGAAUAGACGUUUCGUUAGCACACAUGCUUAAUGAAAUGUAUCGGGUUGCCUCAUCCCAGGUUUUAUGCAUUAUAUUGCCCAGAAUCUGUACAUACAGGAAAACUUUGGGGAAAUAUGAGUACACUGUAACUGCUAGAAUGCAAGACAAAAUCAGUGAAUGUGUCUCAGACUCACUGAGGAUGCCAUUUCAGAAAACCAGCAGCGCCACGACUUUAAAAGGUGUUCUGGAGAAGGAGAUCUCAAAAAAUGUGAGUAAUGUUGCGUCUUCCAUUGUUAAUAACAGGCUUAUUCCUACAGUGCCAUCAGAUUAUGUCAAAGACUUUACACUUUGUCCUGACGUACUACGAUACACAACACUAUUGUUAUUCAUGGUUGUUAGAAAAUAUGCUCUGGAAAUGAAAGAACCGUUUGUUCAACGUUGGAAAAUACAAGAUGAGAACCUUCUCGAUUGGGACAAAGUCAUCGAUUACAAGGGUAGCGACGGCGUUAUGGUUGUCAAGACAGAUUAUAGUUGGCCCAAACCAGACAUAGGAGAAAAAUGUAAAGACAGAAAGCCAUCUUUUAUUUUAGAGGAUAUCAAGAAAUCAUCCUUUGACAUAGAAAACCGUAGAGACGACCAGUUGCCUGGCCAAGAUUGUCAGACAGAAAACAGACUCUCUGUCGACAUAUCAGAAGAUGCAGAUUUUAAUACGCAGACCGAAGGAAGAAAUUUGGCAGAAUUACCAAGAGAAUCCAGUGACCAGAUCCAAGUCACGCAAAAUAACCCAAUGCCAAAUCAAGAAACUGAUAACGAGAAGACCAACGGUCUUGACUUGAUCCCUGAGAAAACGGCAGACCCUAACCCUAACUCUUCUGGUUUCUCCCCAGCUGCUUUGGGCUGCUUGGUGAAUUUCACAGACCCAGAGGGAUACAUAGACUCCUCUGACAACCCGCCUCUGCCCGAUGGUGUGUUGCUGCACUGCACCUACACUGUGACUGUGUACACUGGCUAUGGAGUGGAGCUGCAGGUAAAGAGCGUGAACCUGUCUGACGGUGAACAGCUGUCAAUCAGAGGUGUAGAUGAGCGAGGUGCCCUGCUGGUUCUGGCCAAUCACACUCUGCUGGUGGAAGGUCAGGUGAUCCGGAGUCCCACCAACACACUGUCUGUGUACUACCGCUCUGCUGUGGAGGGAAGCAUGGGUGUCUUCCAGCUGCACUACCAGAUCUUCAGACUGAGCUGCUCACUGCCAAAGAGGCCUCACUUUGGGGAGGUGUUGGUGCUGGAUCUGCUCCCUGGUAACGCCGCCCUCUUUCACUGCCACAUGGGUUACCAUCUGCAGGGAGAACCGCAGCUCACCUGCCUCAAUGCCUCUCUGCCGGUUUGGAGUGGCAAGGAGCCCACCUGCAGGGCACUUUGUGGAGGAACAGUGAAGAAUGCCAGUGUGGGGAGGGUGCUCUCCCCGUCCCCUCAUCAUGGGCCUAAUGCCACCCUGGACCGUUCCUGCUCCUGGUCCCUGGAGGCACCCAAAGACCAGAGACUGCACCUGCACCUGGAGAGGCUGGCCCUGGGACCAACAGACAGGCUGGUGCUGUGGAGUGGUUUGGACGCCGGCUCUGUGGUUCUGUUUGACUCGGGUCGAGGAGGCCAGAUACCAUUCGAGGGAGUGAUUAGUGAAGGUCCAGCUGUACGGAUCCAGUUUAUUACAGAUCAGCCCAAUCACAACACGGGAUUCAAUAUCCGCUACGAAGCGUUCGAGCGUGGCCACUGCUACGAGCCAUACCUCCAAAACGGGAACUUCACAACCACAGACCAGUUGUAUGGCGUUGGAGCUGUGGUUCAGUUCACCUGUGACCCGGGCCACUCUCUAGAACAGGGCCCUCCGGUCAUUGAGUGUAUAAGUGCCAGGGAUCCGUACUGGAAUGACACUGAGCCGCUCUGCAAAGCCCAGUGUGGGGGGGACUUGACCGGCCCUGGAGGAGUGAUUCUGUCUCCGAAUUGGCCUGAGUGGUACGGAGAAGGAGAGGACUGCAGCUGGAGGAUACACGCUGGUGAAGAUAAACGAGUGCUGCUUGAUGUACAGCUACUCAACAUCAGCGAUAGCGACAUGUUGACCAUCACCGAUGGCGAUGAGGUCACAACUCGCAUUCUGGGGCGAUAUGUUGGAGGCAGCAGCCCCUUCAAGCUCUCCUCCACCACGCCAGACCUGACCAUUACCUUUCACUCCGACCCUGCUGGGCUUGUUUUUGGCAAGGGUGAAGGCUUCGUCAUCAACUACAUGGAGGUGUCCCGUAAUGACUCCUGCCCGGACUUACCUGAGAUUCAGAAUGGAUGGAAGACAACGUCACACGUGGCGCUGGUGCGAGGAGCACGGAUCACCUACCAGUGUGAUCCUGGUUAUGACCUGGUUGGACGAGAGACUCUCACCUGUCAGCUGGACCUCUCUUGGAGCUCUCAGCCGCCCUUCUGCGAAAAGAUCAUGUACUGUUCGGAUCCGGGUCAUGUGGAGCACUCCACCAGGUCUCUGUCUGACCCCAAACUCCUGGUUGGUACAACCAUUCAGUACAGCUGCAGCCCUGGCUUCAUUAUGCAGGGCGGCGCUACCAUCACCUGCUACGGUCGUGAGCCGGGCACACCUGUGUGGACGUCUCGUCUCCCUCAUUGUGUAUCUGAGGACUUGGUUUCCUGUGAGGACCCUGGUGUCCCUGAUAACGGGUACCAGAUCUUGUCCAAGAAGCUUUACCUACCUGGCGAGUCGCUCACGUUUGUUUGUUACCAAGGCUACGAGCUCAUUGGAGAAGUUGCUAUUAAAUGCAUCAUGGGAAACCCGUCAUUCUGGAGUGGCCCGCUUCCUCUUUGCAGGGCCAACCAUGACUGCUUUGGCAACCAUGCUUUGGAAGUUGCAGAGGCCACUGCAGGCUCCCCUCUGGAUGGAGGAAACAUAACAUUGGCCAUCUUCAUCCUUAUUCUGCUGCUGUCUGUGAUGCUGGGAGGAGCCUAUGUCUAUGUCACCAGGUGCCGAUAUCACUCCAAUCUAAGGCUGCCUCUUAUCUACCAACACCCUUACCGACAGAUCACCGUGGAGACAGAGUUUGACAACCCACUUUAUGAAACGGGAGGACAGGACGCUCGUGAAUAUGAGGUGUCAAUAUGAGAAGUCUCCCUAAAGACAUUUCUGAACCGACCAGCCCGUGCUAACUCUUCAUCUUCCCCGCCCGCCCCACUCUGCCCAGGAGGAGGCGAUGUAAAUACAAAUAAUGAUGUCCAGCCCCUCCUGUCGUUAAACCAGUGACUGAUCCUUCUCUCUUCUCCGUUGAUGUGAUAGCUUUUAUAGGCAUUGUGGGAAACAGAAGAGAAACCACCAAACAAAGAGGAGGUGGAUUGUAGACCAGGUGGAGUGGGUGGAGGAGAGUGUUUAUUGGAGGGGUGAAGAGGGAAACGUCGGGGACAAGACACAUUUACAUGUAGGUUUUUGUUGCCCUCAGUUAUGAAUAAUCCAGUAGAAUCCUUGAAAUAAAAUUCCUUAAUAUUUUCAUUCGAGUGGAAGCCCAUUUUUGAUACAAAUAUGGUCAUUUUUCUGUAGUAGACAGUAAAUGUAUUUUGUAGAUAUCUUUGUUACAAACAGAAUUCUACAUUUCUGCUCUGAGGUCAAAUAUAGUUGAAAUGCAACUCAUCAAACAACUCUGUUAGAGUUUGUCUCGUUGCCUCAAGCCAUGGCUUCAGAUCGCUGGUUUGAGAAGUUUGAUUGUAGAGUGGAUUUUUUUUCUUUUGCUGUUAUUACUGCUGUAGCAAUAGUCUUUCUCCACUGAAACUAAUUGGUGGCAAGUAGCUGUAAGUUCAGAGGACUGCUUUGUUGGGAUUUGCACUGUUUAGUAUCAAAGCCAGAAGGUAGAAGCAGAUAAUGGACUCGUCACGUCUUUCUCGUUGCUGGAAUUCCACAAAGCCCUGUUUGGGAGCCAAAAUCUUGUGACCACCACUCCACAAGAGAGGUGCUCUCCCUGUGAUGGAAGAUAGAAAACUGAGCCUUUUGGUCUAGUAUGGUUACUGAUGAAGAUCAAUGACUUGUGCAAUAAGGUGAUCUGCAUGUCUGUAGUUGCUGCAGCCUUCUGUUAGAAAAUAACUGAAGCUAUGUAUAGAAGCACCUUGCUGCCCCUCCGUUAAAAUGAAAGCUGAGUCGUUUGUUACAAAAGUGUGAAGUUUUUGUUAUAACUGGAUAAGAAAGUACAGUUGCAGUCAGAGAUUUGUAAAUGUACGCAGCAAGGGCAUGAACAUCCCAAUUACACAACAAACUUGUUCAAGGGUUUUACAAAUAAGCUCAAGGUGCAAAAGUUUUAUUGCUUUUUAUUCUUUGUUCCUAACAGGGUCAAAAUUAUAAAGGCUCAAACAUCUAUUUGAAACAUUAAUAUCUCUCAGUAAGUUUCACCUCAACUUAAUCUUUUUGUAUCAGUCAACAAUCUUCUCUUCUCUGUGGAGGUCGUUGAACCUGGCUGAUUUUUUGGCAAAGACUGUACUUUUGGACAAAGGUCACAAUUUUUUUAUCAAAUUUGUGGACGGCCACACCAGAAGCUUAACAAUGGUCUACUUUAUCCAAUCAGAAAUUAGUUUGAAUUCUUGUUUGGGGUCAUUUUCUGAACGUCCAACUAUGUCCAAGUUUCAAUGGUAAAUUCAGGUCAAGUACAAGAAUCUAGAGGAAGGCCUUCUUUUCUGUUAUGCAAUCUACUUAACCCAAGGCACCAUUUCCACAGAAUGAUGCCACCACCAUGCUUAAAGGUGCAUUAUGUAGAAAUAAAGCACAAAUGGCAUCCUGUGGUAAAAUUUGGUUAUUGCAACCACAACUCUGGAGCUUUUUGCCGGCCGUCAAUUGUCGGCGUUGCAGUAUUAGCUCGCAGGAGACACGGCGCCCCCACGCUCACUGAUGGUAAACAGUAGUUACGUCCCUCCUUCCUUUGUUCUGAAAGGAAGAAAAACUGACAAUCCCCAGAGCCAGCUGGAUAUGAACUAUAUUUCGGUAUAACUUUCCUUCCAAAUUGACUGAAACAUUAGACUCUUUUGGGAUUUUCUCUCUGUAAAAUACUCACUAUAGUCUUACUACUUUAACACUCAGGAUAGUUCCAACUCUUCUUCUCAUCACUGUGGAUGUAAAACUCAAUCUUUGCCUCCUCUCACCGUAAAACUUCCAGAAGACGCUUAACUAGUUCAUUUGGCCAGCGGCAGGUUUUAGUUGAGCUUUAAGGCAUCUAUUUUUGUGGACCAGGAGCUUCUUUGUUGUUCAGCAGCCUCUAAAUCUGCAGUGAUACUGAUGUUUCAGCAGGUUCCAGUUCAUGACUUUGGCCUUGGUGGUUCCUGCCGUGUUCCUGAACAUGCUUUUGUUUCAUUUGUGACCCACAUGGGUUGGUUAAAUAAGUGCUUUAAAACAAAUCCUUUAUUAAAUGUCCAAGAGAAACUACCAGCUGCAAUCAGCCGUCACAAACAGGAAGUUAAUCAGAGUUUUUCUGUUCUCAAACACAGAGUAGUAGUGUACAAGAUCAGAACAGAAAAACUAUGGAAUUAGGAGAUAAACAGAAAGAGCAUAACAUUAAAGGAAGUUAAUCAGCCUUUGCCUUGACUAUGUUUACAGACGUUUCGAAUCCAUUACAGCCACUGUUUCCAUUUUUAAGUGAAUGUAGAGACUUCAGCCUGCAUGUAUAAUUCUGAACCUGUUUGGAAGAGAGAAGAUCCACAGUAAAUUUAAACUCGUGAACUCAAUUCUUGUCUUUAGAAUUCAUAAAAGUUGUGUGUUUAAUCAUUCCACCUUGAAAAAGGAAACAAGUUUUUUUUAUUGCUCAUAAAAGUUAAUAUUGGUCGGAGGAACCGGUGGCGCCUGUGCUCGGCAGCCUCACCUCUGUCAGUGCGCCCCAGAGCAGCUGUGGCUACAUCGUAGCUCAUCACCAUCAGUGUAUGAAUGUGUGUGUGAAUGGAUGAAUGAUACACUGUAGUGUAAUGCGCUUUGGUGUCCUUACUCUGAGAGGUGCUAUACAAGUGCGGGUCAUUUAUCAUUUAUCAUGCUUCUUCUGACUACAACAUAAUGACAACAUGAAAAUAUUUUGUCAAAAUAAAAAAUAUAUAAGAUUUAACAUUUCAAAAAUUAUAAUUAAAAUAGGUUUAAAACAUUUCACAUCAUAAAAACAUGUAGAGCAGUUUUAUUAUUACUUUUUUGGCAGCAAUAUGCUCCUGUACUCGAAAUGCCCCUCCUGUUGGUUAGUCUGCUUUUAUUGAUCAGCUUCACCACUAACAGCUAAACCUUAUUCUGAUUUUGCCAAGCAGAAAUAAAUAAAAGACAAAUAUUCAAACAGAUGAGUGUGCAAUGUGUACGUAAAAAACAAAACAUUAUUGUUUGAUUAAAAAUAGGUUAAAAACAGCUCAGAUAGAAGAAGUGCAGAGCAAGGCAAAUACAAAGAUGAUUAAUGAUGAUUUUUGAAAACAGUGGAUGUUAGUUUUGUUUUCAUUCAGACUGAUGAGUCACUCUCGCUUGAAACAAGCUGUUAGGAAGGAAAUAAAGACGCCCUCUGUUUUAUAAAAGUUCCUCCUGCCUUCAGUUAUUUUCAAGACUUUUAUUUUUCCAGACGGUCCCUCCUGGUUUCGGCUGUACAUCAGAGGUAAAUAGAUUUUAAAUAACUAUCAGGCCAGUUGUCUUGUUUCUGACGUACGGUUUGACUGAUAGGCUGGAUUGGCCCCAGUGGCUCCCAGUUAAAACCACCUAGUAAAGAGCAAAAUGAAAACCAUGCCUUGUUGCAAAUAUGAAUUCUAUAGCUGUAGUUACUUGAUCGAUAUUUAGGUGCAAACUCGAUCAAGCCACCAGAUGAUGUAUUUAUUUUGAUGUACUGUACAUGUGAUGUUUAUUGAAAAUUGAUAAAUGUACAUUUUCAUUAUAAGAGAGCAAACAUUAUCAUUUUACCUAAAUAAUUUGUAAAACCUGAAUAAAAAAAUGUACAAGAUUGUUUUUAAACA